CUGGUGGCUGGAGAGGACGCCGGCGCCCGAGAGUGCGCUUCGCCGCCGGUGCCGAGGGAGCGCGGGGCCACCAGCUGCUGGCAGCUUCCAGCCUUCGCCGAGAGGUGUGGAAACUAAAACAACACAAAUAUUUUGACUGAGGCUUUGAUCAAGCAAAUGCUAAAAAGCCACAAAAAGAAGAUCCCUAACAGUCAUUUCUCGGCAAUUAUAUAGUCAACUGAUGUAACAAUGGUACUAAUAUUGGGACGCAGACUAAACAGAGAGGAUCUUGGGGUGCGUGAUUCCCCAGCAACGAAGCGAAAAGUUUUUGAAAUGGACCCUAAAUCUCUGACAGGUCAUGAGUUUUUUGAUUUCUCUUCAGGAUCAUCCCACGCUGAAAACAUACUCCAGAUAUUUAAUGAAUUCCGAGACAGCCGCUUAUUCACAGAUGUUAUCAUUUGUGUGGAAGGAAAAGAAUUUCCUUGCCAUAGAGCUGUUCUGUCAGCCUGUAGUAGCUACUUCAGAGCUAUGUUUUGUAAUGACCACAGAGAAAGCAGAGAAAUGUUGGUUGAAAUCAAUGGUAUUUUAGCUGAAGCUAUGGAAUGUUUUUUGCAGUAUGUUUAUACUGGAAAGGUGAAGAUCACUACAGAGAAUGUACAAUAUCUGUUUGAGACAUCAAGCCUCUUUCAAAUUAGUGUUCUCCGGGAUGCAUGUGCCAAGUUUUUGGAGGAGCAACUUGAUCCUUGUAAUUGCUUAGGAAUCCAGCGCUUUGCUGAUACCCAUUCACUCAAAACACUUUUCACAAAAUGCAAAACGUUUGCAUUACAGACUUUUGAGGAUGUGUCUCAACAUGAAGAAUUUCUAGAGCUUGACAAGGAUGAACUUAUUGAUUAUAUUUGUAGUGAUGAACUAGUUAUUGGUAAAGAGGAGAUGGUUUUUGAAGCCGUCAUGCGUUGGGUCUAUCGUGCUGUUGAUCUGAGAAGACCAUUGUUGCAUGAGCUACUGACACAUGUGAGACUCCCUCUGUUGCAUCCCAACUACUUUGUUCAAACAGUUGAGGUGGACCAAUUGAUCCAGAACUCUCCAGAGUGUUAUCAGUUGUUGCAUGAAGCAAGACGGUACCACAUACUUGGGAAUGAAAUGAUGUCCCCAAGGACUAGGCCACGCAGGUCCACGGGCUAUUCGGAGGUGAUAGUUGUUGUUGGAGGCUGUGAACGAGUUGGAGGAUUUAAUCUUCCAUACACUGAGUGCUAUGAUCCUGUAACAGGAGAAUGGAAGUCUUUGGCUAAGCUUCCAGAAUUUACCAAAUCAGAGUAUGCGGUCUGUGCUCUAAGGAAUGACAUUCUUGUUUCAGGUGGAAGAAUCAAUAGCCGUGAUGUCUGGAUUUAUAACUCACAGUUGAAUAUUUGGAUCAGAGUUGCCUCUCUAAAUAAAGGCAGAUGGCGUCACAAAAUGGCUGUCCUCCUUGGUAAAGUGUAUGUUGUUGGAGGCUACGAUGGGCAAAAUAGAUUAAGCAGCGUAGAAUGUUAUGAUUCCUUUUCAAAUCGAUGGACAGAAGUCGCUCCCCUUAAAGAAGCAGUGAGUUCUCCUGCAGUGACUAGCUGUGUAGGAAAAUUAUUUGUAAUUGGUGGAGGACCAGAUGAUAAUACUUGUUCUGAUAAGGUUCAGUCUUAUGAUCCAGAAACCAAUUCUUGGCUACUUCGUGCAGCUAUCCCAAUUGCCAAGAGAUGUAUAACAGCUGUAUCCUUAAACAACCUGAUAUAUGUUGCUGGUGGAUUGACCAAGGCAAUAUACUGUUAUGAUCCAGUUGAAGAUUACUGGAUGCAUGUACAGAACACAUUCAGUCGACAGGAAAACUGUGGUAUGUCUGUGUGUAAUGGUAAAAUAUAUAUCCUGGGUGGAAGACGAGAAAAUGGAGAAGCCACAGACACCAUUCUCUGUUACGAUCCUGCCACAAGUAUCAUCACAGGGGUAGCUGCGAUGCCCAGGCCGGUGUCCUAUCAUGGCUGUGUGACUAUUCAUAGAUACAAUGAAAAAUGCUUUAAGCUCUAAGGCCAGGAUACCUCACCCAAGAAGCCACAACGAUCCAAGAUGGAUACUUAACAAAUCUCCAUUGUGCCACAUGCAAAAAAAAAAAAAAAAUUAUUAAAAAAGUACUCAUCGUGGUGCCUUUCUGCCCCAUACAUCAACCUUUCAAACUGUAAUAAAGCCUUUCCUGUAACUGAAAAAACAAAUGUUUUGUUGAGGGUAAUGGUGGUUGUUGCUUGGCCUUUGAGUGUCCAUUUAUAUUUCUAAGAAGCCUAUGUGGACUAGAAUAAGUCUGUCUGCAUGCCUUUUAGGAAUUUGUGAAUGGUCUCAUCAUUGAUACAUGUUUAUCUGCAACUUUAUAUUCCUUAUUUUGUCAUUUAUAUAGAGAAAAUUGCAUGACUUAAGGCUUCAUUUAGGUUGAAUCACCUAAUGCUUAGAAUGCAUCCUAAGAGGGAAAAUCAGUUUUAAAAAUUGUCAUCGAUUCAGUAAAUCCAAACUUUAUUGAAGGAGUUUUUUCUGUAAUAAAUAUUUUGUAAUUGUGGUAAUGACAACAAUUUGAGUAUCAUAUUGAAUUAUUGUGACUUCAUUCUUAGAAUUACUGUCUUAUACACAUAUUAAGCACAUUUUGGUGGUGGGGGUGGGUGUUAGCAGGAUUAAAAUUGCAGAUUAAUUGCCAAGAAAAAAUAAAAUAACCACUGAAGAAAGAAUGACCCACUGUGGCUCUUAAAGUAUCUAUGCAUCAUCUCUAAUUGCUCUGAGGAAGCUCCUUUUCCUUGAAUGUGACAAAGGGAGGAGUUGAAAUCCAGUUUUCAAUAUUGUCUUGUGAAAAGCAAGGACAGGUUUUCUCCCCAGCCCAGUACAGUUUGACCUCUUUAGUAUGGUGCUCUGGGUAAGGACCUCUUCCUUGGUUAUCUCACUUUCUCAUGAAUAGCUAAUAAUCCUGAGAGUUUAAACUGUUAAGGUGCCUUUAAUAGGAUAAGGCUGGGACCACCUAUCUCAGUGGGUCCAUUUUUCUUUUAAAACUAGCUAUCUGAAAAACUUAACAAAAGUAGUUACAGUCUUCUAGGAUAAAUAUUUCAUUUGGUACCCAUUGUUAUAAAAUAUUGAUCAACAUUUUCAAUCUCCUGUACAACAAGCUGCUUUUGUAGAUUUCUCAACUUGAGUUUUGAAAAGUUUACCAGCUUUCAGGGGGGAAUUUUUUCUGAAGCAAAUAAAUGGAUAUGGCAGGAACUGCAGUAAUUAUUGUGAUUCCUGGGGUGGAAGAUAUAAUUUACAACAUUUUAGGAAUGUUCCAGUAGCCUUCUGUAUUUUGACUUCCCAAUCACUGUUGUCUCUUACAUUAUAAUUGUAUACUUCUUGUCAUAGGAGAGAUGAUGCAAAUAUGUGAUUAUAGUGUCACCAGAUUUCUGUUAAAACCAAGGUUGUAAUCAAAAACCUAACAUUGGUAAACCACUUUUCCCCCUUGUCUUAGGAUGAUACAGAAAUCUCAAAUAGACAUAGCUGAAACUUUAAAUGCUAUAAUGCUUAGCUAGAAUCUAAUUCUGAGGAAAACUGAAAAAACUUAGACAUUUUUAGGGAAUUUUUUAUUUUUAAAAUGACAUCCCUUUCUGUGAUAAGUACCAGAGCAAUUCAGAAAACAAUGUUCUAUCAUUUUAGUUGCAAUACAAUUGUAGAUACAAUUGGUAUACUUGUACAGUAGGUCUAGAGUAAACCCCUACUUCUAAAUUGUACUUCUGUAGAUAAUGGAACUUAUUUAGUUUAAAAAUUCUUUACAGUAAGUGAAAUAAUGUAUGAAAGUGUUUUGUAAAUGCUGAGGAUUAUACAAAUGAUAGUUGUUGUUUUCAUGUGUAUUUGUAAGAUAAUGCCCAUCAUAAAUCAAAAACUUCACAUAAAAAAGACUUUUCAAGAUAACUUUGUAUCUAGUAUUUUGUCUAUUGUAAAAGUGUUUGCUUAUUUGUGUUUUUUUACAUGUAUUUUAAUAUCCAUGUGUUGAUUGUUGUAAAUUUAAAUGAAAUCCAAAAAAAAAAUUUUGUUUAAACACAGACCUCAUACCAAUAUUAAUUUUUCUCUAUAUAAUUUUAAACCACUUAAAUUAAGUAGUUGCAAUUUAUGAUGAACUUAGCUUGGAUCCUAGAAAAUUCAAGUAACUAUUUUUAAAGUUACCCAACUGAAAUUUCAAUUUCCUUUCAUUAUUUCUCUUUAUUUACUAGCUCUUGAUAAAUAGUGGUAUUAACAUGGAUAAAAAUAAAAGAAUUUUAGGGUAUAGUUAGUGUAUCAAAAAGGAAUAUAUCAACCAAAUUAGUAUCAGGUUAUAUUCAUUCUGUCAUCACUUAGUUGACAGAUCUUUCAAUAGGUGAUGUUCAUGAGCCUUUGCAUUAAUAUGUAUAUACGUAUGUAUAUAUGUAGAUAGUAUGGUCAUGUACACUCAUAUAUAAACACCAACAAUUUUAGCAGUUUGUGAUGAUCAGAAAAAAUCACAUAAAGUGAAACUUAGCUUUCCUUAUUAAAUGGAAUUCCAGAACACUGGGGAGUAAGGGCAUUUCUUGAGUGCUUUUCCACCUUUGAAGGGACAUGAUGGGUAUUCCGUAAGAUGACUGACAUACAGUAAGAAUCUGUAUUAACACAUCUAGUUUUACAAGGUAGGAAAACAAAUUGGAGGUAGAGAUGAGUUUGUUAAACCCAGCUGUGAUACCUCAGUUAGAAAGGAAAUUCAAAGUUCUGCUUUGUGGAUCAGUAGAAAAGUAUGGUUAGUUUUUGCCUUUUUUUUUUUUUUUUUUUCCUUUUCAAGAACUUUACUCCUUUUCCUCGUUUUCCUCUAUGUGGAUGAGCCACAAAGUGGUCUAAUUUUUACAACAGAAGAGCUUCCUCCUUUUUUCCUGUAAUCUUCCACUGACUAUACAACACAGGUUUGACAUGGUAGCCUAUUGGAUCUUCAAUAACCUUUCCUUUUUCCUGGUUGACUUAAAUAUAGGUAUUUACUCCAUUUAAAUCAGGUGUUAAGAUGAUGUAAAUACUCAGGGAGGGUAUUAACUUGUCACUUCUGCCUAUUGGGGGUGUUUAAAGUGCCAUAACUAAGUUUCAGUUUAUGAUUUUGGAGUAAAUUUUGUAAAGGGGCUUCACACAUGGCAGUGGUUGAACAUUCAUUCUUUUAUAUUUAGAAAGAUGAAAAUGUUUUGUGGACUGAUAUAUUUUCCCUUAGUGAAUAUGAAUUGUUUAUGUAUCACUACUGUCAAAUACCCUUUAUGAAACUCAGGAAAGACAGGUUCAAUUAUACUAUUUUUGUCAAUAUGCAAACCAGGUAUGUGUGAUUUUUUUUUCCUGUUAUCUAUAUAUGGCAAUAGUUUUUUUUUUUUUUAUUGCUGUGAGAAUCCAUAUAUGAAAAGAGAGGGGUUGAAUUAUUUGUGAGUGCCUUGUGUGUCUUGAGGCUUCUAUGUGGAAAAGAUGACAUCUGUUCCAAACUAUUUUCAAAGAGGAGAGAGUGCUUUUUGUGUGGUGCCAAGUGAAAAGAUGUUUUGUUUUUUCAUUUAUUUGAGAGACAGAGAGCUGCCAUCUACUGGUUCACUCCCUGAAUGCUCACAAUGACCCCAUCUUGGAGCCAAACCUAGGAGCUCAAUCCAAGCCUCCCACAUGGGUGGCAGGAACCCAAACACUUGAGCCAUCACAACUGCUUCCCAAGGUCCACAGGAGCAGGAAGCUGGAGUUAGAAACAAGAGUGAGGCUUUGAACCCAGGCACUCUGAUAUGGGACACAGGGAUCUAAAAUGGCUCCUUACCAGCUAGGCCAAACACCCACCCCAAGGUAAGGUGGGCUUCCUAGGAACUGCCUUUGUUAGUAAACUCAAGAACCAGUUCAGUUCAACAAGAUUUUGACCUUAUUAGAAUUUGCUGUGCAUUAUAUUGAACCAGGUUUACAUCACCUCAUCCCAUUAUUCUUCUUAGUUAAAUAAAUAGAUUCACUAUACCAAGUAACCAGAAUGGGACAAUUUGGUUGACCUUUUAAUGCAGUAGAUUUGACUAGCUAGCUAUACUUAUUACAUCUAAUGCCAGGCACCAGAAACCACUUGAGCCAGGAAUGUGAAUUCCAGAGAUAUUUUCAACAUAGACAUUUUAAAACGUUUUAUAUGAAUGUUUUACAUUUGUAUGAUUGCCUUAGAUAAUAAAUUUACUUAGUGCUAAGGAUGAUCAUCAUAAAUUAAUUUUUUAAAAAACAGUCAUAACUUAUUUUAUAAAUUAUUCCAAAGAAAGAAUUUGUUUUAAUGUUUUCAAAAUAACUGCACCUAAAUUUUUUUAUGUGCCUUAAGUUCUGUAGUGCUAUUUCAACUUCUUUUAAUCUAUGUAAAGCUUACUUUAGAUAAAUUGAUACAUGUUCCCUAUAGAGUAAAUAAAUUUUGCUUUCUUACUUUUUUUUAACACCAGCCAUGUGGUUAUUUGGCAGAAUUCAAAUGUUGGAGAUUGUUUACUGUUUGGCAUGUUAUGUUUUUCAUUUUCACUUUUUGAUACCUAGGUGCUUUUAGAGUAUUCAGGCAAACCUCUAUCUUACAUUGAUUAAAUCCUUGUAAACAUUGUUGGCAAUAUCUACAUCUAAUGUCAGAAAAGUAUGUCUACUUAUUUUUGUUCCAUUCUUACAUACUAUUUUUUCUCUACAGGCCUGUUCUUUAACUUUCUUGAAAAAGCACUUAUUCUGCCCUUCCCCAUCAGUCCUUCUCAAAGCUGUCUUUAAACUCUUUGAGAGUUUCUGGAGCUAAGACAACACAAUGUUAGAGUUAAAUGAAUAUAAUCUGCAGAGAGUGCAGACCUGUGGCAGUCAGAUGUCAUUUGCUUUUAUUAGAGGCCCCAGAGUCUUCACCGUGAAAAAAAAAUGCCUUGUAUUUCAUUGUCUUCGAUUCAGUUGUAGCAUGUUAAUACUUACAUGUUUUGUUGACAUAUACUUCCUGUGUAGUUUAAUUUUUUAAAAGUUGUAUCUAAUAAAAUGUAUUUUAACCAUUAUUACUUGACCAUUUGGUUGUAUUAAAUUUUGUUUACCAAAAA